UAAUGGACAGCGCAUCGCACUCUUUUCUGCUCCCACUAGUCCUUCACUGUUCUUUUCACUCGAGUCACCGCAAUUCAGUAUUUCUUUUCUGGGAUAUCGUGGCUGUUUGAGUGACGUUUGGUGUCUUCUAGGAACCGCAAAGUGACCUUGAAGAGCAGAGUCCGCUGAGCCUCGGUGUCCCGGGGGCCACGAUGGGAGGGAGGCCGUCGGUGCCGGACAACUUGGAGGAGACGCUGGAGGUGCCGUCGACCAUCAGUGAUGGCAUCCUGCAGAGGGAGGAUGCUCCUCUGUGUGCUGCAGAAAUCGGCUCUGAACUCCAGAAACAGUUUGCCAUCCUGCCAGGGGGCCGCGGCAUGAACGGCAACCCUGUCAUCGUCUUCCCUGAGUUUCCAGAUUUCAGCGAGCUGGAGGAGGACGAGGUCCAAAAUGUCCUCAGCUACCUCAGCAGCAUCCCCAGCGCUGCAGCAUCAGCAGUGGGUUUCAUCCUGGUCAUCGACAGACGACUGGACCGAUGGGCCGCCGUCAAGGCUACCCUGCUCCGCAUCGCUGGUUCAUUUUCAGGGAACUUACACUUGGUUCUGGUGUUACGUCCCACUACUUUGCUCCAGCGGACUCUGUCAGACUUCCUGUUCAAGUACAACAAGGAUGAGUUCAAGAUGAAGGUGGUGAUGCUGAGUUCGGUGACUGAGCUCCAUGCCUACAUCGACCCGGGACAGCUGACCACCGAGCUGGGAGGAACGCAGGAAUACCGCCACGAGAGCUGGAUUUCGCACCGCACUGCGAUCGAGGCGUUCGCCCUCAUGGUGAAGACCACGGCGCAGACCCUGCAGGCGUUCGGCACGGAGCUCGCCGAGACAGAACUGCCCAACGAUGCCGAGGCAACCACCAACCUGCUGCACGCACACACCCUGAAGAAGGAUAACAUGAAGGAGGACCUGCAGGUAGCUCUGUCCCAAGGGGGACGCCUGUUGGAGUGUAUAAACGAGCCUCUACAGACAGACCCCGAAUACGGCAUGACCAACGAUGAACUGGAAAACCUCGCUACCGUACAGAGACUCCUGGGUCAGCUGGACGAAACGGAGACGGCGUUUGACGAUUUCUGGGAGCGUCACCGCACCAAGUUGGAGCAGUGUCUGCAGCUGCGCCAUUUUGAACAGCACUUCCGUGAAGUGCGCGCCCAGCUCGAUGUGACGUCAGAGCGGCUGGCCGGGUUCUCGGAGGUCAGCGUAAGCCCCGCCCACGCCGAGCACGUCCUCCGGGAGCUCAGCGGACAGGAGGACAAAGCAUGUGACGCGCUGGACCGCGCCCUGUCUCUUGCGCGUGAUGGGGACCGGCUGAUCGACAACUCCCACUACGCAGAGGACUCAAUCAGGCCAAAGUGCAGCGAGCUGCGAGGAGUGUGCGAGGAGAUCAGCUCCACGAUGAGGAGUAAGAAGGACCUCCUGCUCAGGGCGAUGGAGCUCCACCACGCUCUGGAGAAGGCGUCGCGGUGGUGCGAGGAGGGCAUCUUCCUGCUGGCCAGUCAGCCAGUGGACCGCUGCCAGUCUCAGGAUGGGGCCGAAGCGGCCCUGCAAGAGCUGGAGCGAUACCUGGACACGGCGCCGCUACACGCCAUCGCCGACUGCGGCGCCAUCUGCUGCCAGUAUGAAGCGGUGCUCACAGCUCAGCUCAGGGACCAGGUGGAGAGGGUUUUCCAGAAGCAAAGCUCAGUACAGGAGAUGUUUGAGAAGAGACGCGUCAGCCUGAAGAAACUCGCCGCCAAACAGACCAGACCGGUCCAGCCAGUGGCCCCAAGACCUGAAGUGAAGUCUCCGCUCUCCUCGCCCAAUCAAGAGAGGAAAGAGAGAAGAUACUCUGCAGAUAAUUCCCUCCUCAAAAAGGUGGAGUCUCCCGUACAUAACGGUGGCACCAGACAUGCUUCUCUGUCAGAGGAGGAGGAAAACCUGGCAGUGCUUCGGCGCCACGUGAUGAAUGAGCUGCUGGAGACGGAGAGAGCGUAUGUGGAGGAGCUGCUGUGUGUGCUGGAGGGCUACGCGGCUGAGAUGGACAACCCAGCCAUGGCUCACCUCAUCCCCAGCACGCUGCUGAGCAAGAAGGUCGUCCUCUUUGGCAACAUGUCUGAAAUCCACCAGUUUCAUAAGAGGACGUUUCUAAAAGAGCUUGAAGCCUACACCGACUGCCCAGAACUGGUCGGCCGCUGCUUUUUAGAGCGAAUGAAGGACCUGCAGAUCUACGAGGCGUACUGCCAGAAUAAACCGCGCUCUGAGAGCUUGUGGAGACAGUGCUCCGACUGUGCCUUCUUCCAGGAGUGCCAGAAGAAGCUGGAACAUAAACUUGGCUUGGACUCCUACCUCCUCAAACCCGUCCAGAGAAUAACAAAGUACCAGCUGCUGCUGAAGGAGAUGUUGAAGUACAGCAAGGGAUGCGACGGAUGCGAUGACCUACAGGAAGCGCUCUCCUCCAUCCUGGGGAUCUUGAAGGCCGUCAACGACUCCAUGCACCUGAUCGCCAUCACGGGAUACGAGGGUAACCUGUCGGAUCUGGGCCGCCUGCUGAUGCAGGGCUCCUUCAGCGUGUGGACGGAGCACAAAAAAGGUCACGCCAAGGUCAAAGACCUGGCCCGCUUCAAGCCCAUGCAGCGGCACCUGUUCCUGCACCAGAAGGCGCUGCUCUUCUGCAAGAGGAGGGAAGAGAACGGCGAGGGCUACGAGAAGGCGCCGUCUUACAGCUUCAAGCACUCCCUCAGUAUGACCGCGGUGGGCAUCACAGAGAGCGCCAAAGGGGACAACAAGAAGUUCGAGGUUUGGUGCAACUCCAGAGACGAAGUCUUCAUAGUCCAGGCUCCGACGGCGGAGAUCAAAACAUUGUGGGUGAAUGAGAUCCGCAAAGUUCUGACCCAGCAGCUCAAAGCCUUCAGAGAUGCCAGUCAGCAGAAGAGCUCUGACUCCGUUUUCCCGAGUCCCACCAGCAACAGCACCUCCAUCUCCCUCAGUCCGUUUCGUAGCAGUGGACAGAAAAAUCCCAAGAAGCAAGAGGAGAAGAAGGCGGAGACGAGCUCGGCGUCUGACUCCCCGUCUUCACCGAAACACAAAGAUGAACCAGUGACCAGUCCCACCACUGACAGGUCUUCAGUGGCUAAAAAGCGUUUUACUUUGCAGGGCUUCAGCAAUCUGAAGAGUCCGAAAGGCUCGGCUCUGAGCCCCGAGCACGCCUCCAAACGCCACUUGGUCAAGAGUGACCCCACGCCGUUUGGGCUCAAAGGCUGGAACAAGGCGUCUCUCUCGGUGGAUGCCACAGAAGAGAAUGAAGGGUACUCUAGCAGCGAGGACCCCAUGAACUCUGACCCCGAGGACGAAGUGGGGAGGAAGCUGGCUCCAGGGAAAUAUACGGUGGUAGCGGACUGCGAGAAGGCGGGACCUCAGGAGCUGUCUGUCAAGAGUGGAGACGUGGUGCAGCUAAUCAGAGAAGGAGAGGAGGGACAGUGGUUCGUGAGGAACCUCCGCAGCAGUCAGGAGGGCUGGGUGGCAGCAGCGAACCUCCUCAGCCUCAUCUCCGAGUCCAAGUCGUCCCAGUCGCUCAGCAGCUCAGCCUCCGUGUGCUCUUCAAACACCGCUGUUGUUUGUCCCGCAGACGGCAGCGUCUCGGGGAACCUCAGCACUUCUUCCAGCUGCAGCGAGACCUACACCAGCUUCUCCGACAUCAAACCGUGAGCCGGAAACAUCUUGCAUGUGGAAUAAAACCCCAAAGAUGACGGGAGGACGGAUUGACACGCUUCCAUCACACAGAACGGUCAUGUCACAGUCCAACAAAAACCAACCUGAAAUAUCACCGCAUCUCAGGAUUCCAGCAGUUUUAUCUGACUUUUUAUCUAAUUUCCGGCGAGCAGUUUUAAACUCUCGCCUUAGAUUAUUUUUAAAUGUCCAGAAUAUUUCAAUCUUGUUAUAAUGUAGCAUUUAAAAUGGACCGAUUUGAAGAACAUCCUCACUCAAACAGAACCCUCAAAGUUGAUGACAUCACGGUCCACAGAUACGACCAGGCUGGUAUUUCACACAAUACUUGUGGUGUCGGACAUUAAUCGUACACUGUGAAAUGUGGCGGCCUUCUGCAACGGGAAAAAAACGCUUUGAGGGCAUCUGAUCAGGGCUUCCCGGCUGGAAUUGUGGUGUUCAGGUGAAUGUCACCCACAGCUCCACCUGGUGGUCAGAAGUCAAACCACUCACAUGGCAAGCGGGCAGCUUUGCCACAACCUCUGGACCUAUUCUUUGUCUUUUUGUUCUUUUUUUUCAAGAGCGAUAGACAGAUUUGCUCUCUAAACUGCUCUGGAUUUCCCCUCUCAGGAAGCCCGAGACGUUGCGUUGGUGGGCAGGUCUGCUCCCGUCGACCUAACGCCCUUUUGUGUGUGUGUGUGUGUGUGCGCGUGCUUCAGAACAAAUCCAACUAUUGUAUGUCACCCUAAUGCAUUUAGCUGCUGGAAUUAUGUCCAACAAGUUAACUUACACCCCCCCCCCCCCACACACACACACACACACACACACCUUCACAGAAAGCUUUAACAAUCUGCACAUGAAUCCAGUUUUUUUCUUCUUUCUGUGUCACGUCUGCCGCGCUCACCUGUGUUUGGUUUGCUGCGACAAAAGCCUUCUCUGUCCCCUCCCCCCCCCCCCCCCCCCGCUCCCGGCCCCGCUCGGCCAUGUGACGGUCGCCACUUCUCCACGGGCGGCGCUCACCGGCGGCCCGGCCCUUUCACAAACAUGUUUGCACCAGCCGCCCCACAGCAGUGUUUCCUUGCUCAAUCCAUGAUGUGGAGGAUCAUCACUAAGAAGGGUGACGCGGGUUGGGAGUACUUUCCUUUUAGGUGUAAGACUCGAUGAAACGGAGAGAAGAGUGAUGCAUGGUGUGGCAUUCAAACCACCACCGCCUCUUGGGUUGUAUUAGUCCUCCAGUGUAUAUCACCGCUGUGAUUUGGUUACACACAGCUCUGACGAUGACCUUUCUCACUCGAAGCCACGAAUGUCCUCCCUAUGAAAAAAGAUUAUUCUCCCUCCCAAAAAAAAAGGAUGCUUACGGGCCUCUCCAACUGCGAGCUAAACCAGAGAGUAAACGAGCCGGGGGAGACGGAGAAAAUGUAUGUUACACUUGUACAGAUGUGUCCUCUGUAGCUCACCUUGUUUUCCUUGAGAGCCUGUACAUUGUGAAGAGGAUCGUGGUUUAUGUGAGUCUCCUGGUCUCUCUGUGGCAUGUUCCCCGUGAACCUCUCUUGUCAAAGCCCAGGACAAGGAAAGUAUUUUUUUUACCAGGCAACGUUGUAUGUUGUGAGACUUUCUGCCCUCCUGGGAGCGGACUCGGGCACCAAACGUCAGUGUUCUGUCAUGAUCACACAAUAAAGCUUACUGAUUGUUUUUUACUUUUUGACUUGGAGGCUGGAGAGAUGAGAAGGGUUAUAUAUUUUCUUUUUAUGCAGCACAUUGCAGCAACCACUGUCUUUAUUUUCCUAUUGUAUCUACUGAGUAUGGUGUUGAUAUAAAUAUAUUAUAAUGAGAGAUAUCUGUGUAUAUUUGUAAAUAUGUAAUUCUCAAUUGUAUGUAAAAUGAAAAGCAGCUUUAAUAAAGUCUGAGAUGGUUUCCUCUAAGGGA